UACCGCUUUGACUGCACUGAAUGAAGCUGAUUCCCUCCGAACACAGGAAGUCUCGCUGGUUGUGAGACGGUGUUUAUUUUGUUCAGCGAGUUAAUGUGCAGCUCCGUGCCACCUCUUAUGUCCGUAUCAGGUUGCCUACAGGUGUUCUGUCUGCUUCCUUAUUUUCUCCAUCUUUCAGGGUGGACUGCUGCCAGCUGGGCUCACGCUGAACCACCGGCCUUAUAACCCGCACAGCUCUUACAGCAGGACGACCUCUAGUCAGACCGAGUCUAACAAGUCACCAGCUGUCCCCGAGCUGCCGUGGAGCGGUCCCAGCCCUUCGGAGUGCCCCGGGAUACGGUAGGGAGCGUGUACCCCGCGGCAUGUCUUCUGUGCCACGCAUCCCCAUCCCAAAGGCCUCAGCACCGCCGUUCCGCCACCCGGCCGGCUCUCCGGGCUUGCUGUGCUCGUGGCUUUCCGCGCUGCUCUCGGCGCUUCCUCUUCCAGCUGUUUUUCGGUCCAAUCGGGCCUUCGGUUCGGGCUCCGGAUCAGGCCGGGCGGUGGCGAGAGCAGGGCCCGCCCCCGGCACCACAUGAUGCCGCUCCUCCUUCCUGCCGUCCCGCCGAGAAAAGGGAACUGGGCGCGGGGCAGAGGAAGCGGCCCGUUCCUGCUCCCGAUCCCGCUCCCACGCCGGCGCCGCCCUCCGCCCCUUCCAUUCGAGCGGGGCCGGGCCGGGAUCGCAGCGGGCCAUGGCCGGGAUGCGGGCGCUGCUGCUGCUGGGCUGCGCGCUGAGCGCCGGCAGCGCAUUCAACUUAGACGUGGAGCGGCCGGUCGUGUACUCGGGCGCCGAGGGCAGCUACUUCGGCUUCGCCGUGGACUUCUACGCUCCCGACCCUUCCUCGAUAUUUCUCCUGGUGGGAGCUCCAAAAGCCAACACCUCCCAGCACAACGUGGUAGAAGGGGGCCAGGUGCUGCAAUGUAACUGGAAUUCCAACAGGAACUGCCAGCCCAUCAUCUUUGACCCCACAGGCAACAGAGAUUUUGCUCCCAAUGAUCCACUGGAAUUUAAGUCUCAUCAGUGGUUUGGAGCGUCUGUGAGAUCCAAAAACGAUAAAAUUCUGGCUUGUGCCCCAUUGUAUCACUGGAGAACUGAAACAAAACAAGAGCGAGAGCCUGUGGGAACUUGUUACCUGCGGGAUGGAUCUAAAUCUGUGGAAUAUGCACCCUGCAGGUCAACCACUAUUGAUGCAGAUGGGCAAGGAUUCUGUCAAGGUGGAUUUAGUAUUGACUUUACAAAGGGAGACAGAGUCUUGCUUGGAGGACCUGGCAGUUUUUACUGGCAAGGCCAACUCAUUUCUGAUCGAGUGACUGAGAUUGUGGCUAAAUAUGACUCCAAAGUCUACAGUACAAAAUAUGAUGACCAGUUAGCAACCCGACCUGCUAGUGCUGCUUUUGAUGACAGCUACUUGGGUUAUUCUGUGGCUGUCGGAGACUUCAGUGGUGAUGGCAUAGAGGAUUUUGUGUCAGGAGUCCCAAGAGCAGCAAGAACUCUAGGCAUGGUGUCUAUCUACAAUGGCAAAAACAUGUCUUCCAUGUACAACUUCACUGGAGAGCAGAUGGCUGCCUAUUUUGGCUAUUCAGUGGCUGCCACAGAUAUCAAUGGGGAUGAUUACACAGAUUUGUUUAUUGGAGCCCCCCUUUUUAUGGAUAGAAGUUCUGAUGGUAAACUUCAAGAGGUCGGCCAGGUUUCCAUUUGUCUGCAAAGAGCCUCUGGAGGGUUUCGGAUCACGAAGCUGAACGGUUUUGAGAUAUUUGCAAGAUUUGGCAGUGCUAUUGCACCUCUGGGUGAUCUAGACCAGGAUGGCUUUAAUGAUAUUGCGGUAGCUGCACCAUACGGUGGAGAGGACAAGAGAGGACUUGUCUACAUCUACAAUGGAAGAGCAAUGGGUUUGAAUGAAGUCCCAUCUCAGAUUCUGGAAGGGCAGUGGGCUGCUCGUACUAUGCCACCCAGCUUCGGGUACUCGCUGAAAGGAGCCACAGAUGUGGACAGAAAUGGAUAUCCAGACUUGAUUGUUGGAGCUUUUGGUGUUGACACAGCUGUAUUGUAUAGGGCCAGACCAGUUAUUAGAGUGAAUGCUGCCCUGAUAGUUAAUCCAACCAUUCUAAACCCAGAAAACAAAGCCUGUUCGCUGUCGGAUGUUAAAGUCUCGUGCUUCAAAGUGAAGUUCUGCUUAAAAGCAGAUGGCAAAGGAAAGCUCCCUAAUUUGCUCAAUUUCCAAGUGGAGCUGCUGUUGGAUAAACUGAAGCAAAAAGGAGCUAUAAGGAGAGCUCUCUUUCUCCACAGCAAACAGCCUAGCCACUCCAAGAACAUGACUAUUACUAAGGGAGGCAAAAUGAAUUGUGAAGAACUUGAUGCUUUCCUGAGGGAUGAAUCUGAAUUUAGAGACAAAUUAACUCCCAUUACAAUUUUUAUGGAAUAUCGUCUUGAUUACAAAACAGCUGCAGAUGCAACAGGAUUGCAUCCUAUCCUCAACCAGUUCACUCCUGCUAAUAUGAGCAGACAGGCACACAUUCUUCUGGAUUGUGGCGAGGAUAAUAUCUGCAAACCAAAGCUGGAGGUUUCAGUGAGGAGUGAUCAGAAGAAGAUCUACAUUGGUGAUGACAACCCCUUAACGCUAAUUGUCAGCGCUGAAAAUCAGGGGGAAGGAGCCUAUGAAGCAGAACUCUUUGUCAUUGUUCCACCUCAAGCAGAUUUCAUUGGUGUUGUUCGGAAUAAUGAGGCUCUAGCAAGACUGUCAUGUGCAUUUAAAACUGAGAAUCAAACUCGCAUGGUAGUUUGUGAUCUGGGAAAUCCCAUGAAAGCGGGAACUAAGCUAUUAGCUGGCCUGCGGUUCAGUGUGCACCAGCAAUCUGAAAUGGAUACCUCUGUGAAGUUUGACUUGCAAAUACGAAGUUCCAAUCUGUUUGACAACCUAAGUCCUGUAGUAUUCUAUCAGGUUGACCUUGCCAUUUCAGCAGCUGUUGAAAUUAGAGGCGUGUCAUCUCCUGAUCACAUAUUCCUUCCCAUUGCAAAUUGGCAGCCCAAAGAGAAUCCAGAAACAGAAGAUGAUAUAGGGCCUCUAGUUCAGCAUAUCUAUGAGCUUAGAAACAAUGGCCCGAGUGCUUUCAGCAAGGUGAUGAUGACUCUGCAGUGGCCGUACAAAUACAAGAACUAUACACUGUUGUAUAUUGUUCAGUAUGACAUUGAUGGUCCCAUGAACUGCACUUCUGAUAUGGAGAUCAAUCCAUUGAAAAUUAAGAUUUCUGCUUCCAAAGAGGAUGAAAAGAAUGAAACACUUAGCAGGGAAGAUAAUCGCAAUCAUCGUAUCAGUCGGAGAGAUUUAACUGCUAUUGAAGGAGAUGUGCAAACCUUGGGCUGUGGAAAUGCUGAUUGUUUAAAGAUAGUCUGCCAAGUUGGCCACCUGGAGAGGGGAAAGAGCGCAAUAUUGUAUUUGAAGUCACGACUCUGGACCCAAACUUUCAUGAAUAAAGAAAAUCAGAAUCACUCCUAUUCCCUCAAGUCAUCUGCAUCGUUCAGUGUUAUAGAGUUCCCUUACAAGAACCUUUCUUUCGAAGAUAUUCACAAUUCUACGGUGGUUACUACUAAUAUUACAUGGGGCAUUCAACCACAGCCUAUGCCUGUGCCAGUAUGGGUUAUAAUUUUAGCUGUCCUAGCAGGAUUAUUGCUCUUGGCUGUUCUAGUGCUCGUUAUGUACAGGAUGGGCUUUUUCAAGCGUGUUAGACCACCUCAAGAAGAACAAGAAAGAGAACAGCUGCAACCACAUGAGAAUGGGGAAGGAACAUCAGAAGCUUAAGCAGAGUUUUAUCUGUAAGACAUUAUGAAACUUUAAAAUGCCUACAUCUUAGUUUCAAAUACAAGUUUCCCCCCUAAGGAGAAAAACACUUGUGAAUGCAAGGAUGACGGUAUCAGGAGAAAUCAGCACACACUUAAAUAAGAGCAAUAUAUUUAAAUCCUUCUUGUUCUAUUAAUCAUGUCUGUAUUUGUGACUAACGUUGCUGCACUGAUUUGCGUGUGAAAACCCUUAAGUAAAAUACAGUGCUAUGAGUUUGCUUA